GCUUUAUAUAUCAUUCCCCCGGUCGACCAUACCUGGCCCUCCCUGUAUUGGCGUUGCCGUACCGUUGCGAGCUUACUAGACUCAGACUUCUGAAGUUCUGGACUCCGAACCUCUGACUACGAUCCCCUAAGUUGCUAUGGUCGCCCUCUUGCUAACCAGAGGCCUUCUGUUCUUGGCUUUGGGCCUCACCCACCAAGCUGUGGCAGCCUGCACACGCAGCAUCACGGCCAAGUCAGGGGACACAUGCGCGACCCUGGCGGCCCAGGCGGGUAUCACUGUCACACAGUUCCUCCGAUCUAACCCAUCCGUGACUAGCUGCUCUCAACUGGUCGUCGGAGGGAGCUACUGCGUGGAAGGAACCGCGGACAGCACCCCUACAUCGAGCUCCGCCCCGGUUCCUGUAUCUACUUCGCCCUCAAACCUCCAGGUCAGCACGGAUGGGAGCUGCGGACAGGGCGUGACGUGCGCUGGGUCACGAUUUGGAGACUGUUGCUCUGCCCACGGCUUCUGUGGCAGCACCGUCGACUACUGUGGCGAUGGCUGCCACGCAGCGUUCGGCGUUUGCGGGGCUGGGGCGGGCGAAUCCUCUCAAGCUCCUGGCCCGUCAGUCACGGUGACCGUCACUACCGUCACAGCUAUUACCCGCACGUCGCUGGUUUACCAGACCUCCACCAUUACCAAUGUCGUCACCCAGACGCGGACUGCAAGCACCGCAACCGUCACCACCGUCGUCACCCAAACACGAACAACAGGCACCGCAAUCGUUACCCGAAUCAUCCAGACAACCGCCACAGUCGAGACAACCGCCACGGUGCCUACAACAGCUACGUCCAUCGUCAGUCUGACGAGCAUUUUCACCAGUGUCCGGACGUCAACCACAACCAGUACCAGCAUCAGAACGUCGACCAGUACCACUACUCGAACAGUCAACAUCACUGGCACUUCGAUCUCUAUCAGCACCGUCACCAGCGUCGUCACGUCGACUCGCAUUGUCACGUCUGCGGCGUGCAACACGACGCCGACGAGAACAACGGCUCGCAUUACUACUAGCACCACCACCAAGGCUCCGAGUCCAAGGCCUACUCUGCCCGGGACUCCCAGCAAUUGCAGGAACUAUGACAUCAUAGAAGACGAUGACAAUUGCCGCAGCAUUGCUACGCGCAACGAUCUCACUCUCCUCGAAUUCUACGAAUUCAACCCUUCGGUGAGCCCCAACGUCCUCAGCAUCAACCCGUGCACGCCCGACCUAAUCGAGCUUUGGCUAAGUGGUCUGUGCCAGAUCAACUGCGACGGCUUGUGGGAGGGGUACUACGUGUGCGUCGGGAGAUGAAGAGCAUGAAGUUCCUGGGAACCAAGAUCGUACUAGUGU